AAGAGGUGCGGUGUUGCGUGACUGGCUGCGAGACGACCGAGAGCGUGUGUGUUUGUUGUGUUGUACAAAUUUUUAUUCUCCUUUCUCGGGAAGAAAAGACCGCACGUUUGGAAAAGAAAAUGUCGUCGUACAUCCAGGUUGCUGAGGACGAGGGCGACGAGCCGAUAGAAUUGCCUACAGAGGACGAUAACACGCUCUUAUUGACCACCGUGACCGCCCAGUUUCCCGGAACGUGUGGCCUGAAAUACCGCAAUCCCGAAUCACGGACGAUGCGCGGUAUCCGUCUCGUUGACGGGCGUCUUCAUCCGCCAGAAAAUGGAUGGGGCAAGGCAAUUUACUUUUGUGUCUUUCCAAAAGAGAACAAACGUAAAUCUGAUGACAAUUUGGAAAAUUCCACAGCUAAGACUAAAAGAAUGGAAACAAAGUUGCGUUGCACAGACUUGAUCGUACUUGGUUUACCGUGGAAAACGACUGAGCAGAACUUGCGCGAGUAUUUCGAAACAUUUGGCGAAGUACUUAUGGCCCAGGUAAAGAAAGAUGCUAAGUCUGGGCAUAGCAAAGGAUUUGGUUUUAUUAGAUUCGGAAGUUAUGAAUCCCAAUUAAGAUGCCUUGCACAGCGGCAUAUGAUAGAUGGUAGAUGGUGCGAUGUCAAGGUUCCCAACAGUAAGGAGGGAAUGAUUCAUCAAGUACCCUGCAAGGUAUUCGUGGGACGCUGUACAGAAGACCUAACUGCUGAUGAUCUGCGUGACUAUUUCUCCAAAUAUGGCGAAGUGACGGACGUGUUCAUCCCAAAACCUUUCCGUGCAUUUUCAUUUGUUACUUUCUUAGAUCCCGAGGUAGCCCAGUCCCUGUGUGGGGAGGAUCACAUAAUAAAAGGAGUAUCGGUACACGUGUCAAACGCCGCGCCGAAGUCCGAGGGCAACAAUAAGAAUUUCAAUAAUCAAAUGAACUUGAACAUGCGUAGAGGCGCCCCAGGCCCUGCCGAGAAUAACGUGCAGGGAACCUAUCAGGGUAACAGAUACAUGGGCCACUCUGGUAAUAAUAUGGGCCCAAACGGUUGGAACAAUCCAGGGAAUCGUGGCAACCUGGAUAUGCCUAAUCUCCAAGCUCUGGGCAUUACUGGACAAAAUAACGGCGGCGGUGGCGGCGGCGGUAUGUCUAAUCCAUUGGCGAUGGGAGGUAUAAAUCUGUCCGCGUUACCUGUCAAUCCUGCACUGGUUGCCGCUGCCCUGAACCAAGCAUCUUGGGGUCUGAUCGGUAACUUGCAGAAUCAGGGAAACGAUCAGGGCUAUUCGAACCAGCCUGGCCCACCUGGUCAACCGCCUUCAGGCAACAAUAGUAUUGGUAACAGUGGAAACUCUGGCUUUCUCAGUUGGAUGAAUCAGGGUGGAGGUGAUGGUAAUACAGGCAAUCCCGGAACAGGUGGACCAGGCCCGAAUAAUCCGAACGCGUCCCAAGGUGCUUGGCAGAAUCAUCCCGGACAGCGUGAUCAGAAGUCAAAUACCUUUCUCAAGUACGAGUAAGCUGCGUGGAGGAGCAUCCGAGUGUAGUCGUGGAAAGCGGCGAAUCCGUUCCUUUGAUCACGACACGUUAACCAGCGGCAAAGGUCUAGGCAACUGUAUGUAGGUACAAAGUAAACAAUUUGUAAAUUAGAACCAAAAACCUCCGUCGAUGAGGAACGGGUUCUUCGACUCCCUGGAUUCGAUGAGCUGCGUUUAAAUUCAAUUUCUUACGGUCACGUGAUUAACAGUGUACUCCGUCGAGUAUCAACAGUAACAGACAGUACCUUCUUUUAUCUUUGCACGUCACAAUGUAUUUCCGACCCUGAUUCACUUUUCUUACCGACUUGAACAGAAACUAGCACAAUUCCUUUCUCGGGAACGACAGACAGAAGUGCGUGUUAGAGGACGGAUAGCUUCGAUCAUCUGAACGUGCAUACUAAUUGUAUGAUCUCAUUUCAAGCGUGCGGUCUAGCCAACUCAGAGAUAAUUACUGUAUUGGAAUGAUGUUGAUGAUAAUGAUAAUGAUGAUGAUGAUAAUGAUGAUGAUGAUGAUGAUGAUGAUGAUGAUGAUGGUGGUGAUGAUGAUUAUGAAUGUGUCGUUGGAGAAAAAGAACGAGAUUUAUUGUAACGACGUACGUAUAUAUACUUAUGUUUAUUUAAAGUUUCGUGCCGUGUGUUAAAUGUGUAAUUGAGAAUUAACCAAGGAUUUAGCGCGUUCACAUUUCUUAGAGUCUUUAGAACGUGAGAAGUUAAGAACUUUUGGAUCGUUGUGUGUAAAGUCGCCAGAUUAAUCUUGAUCUUCUUAAUCGUGCACCGGUGAUUAAAAGUUUUAAGUUCUAAGAUUGCGUGCGGUCGAGGAACUUAUCACGUGUGUCAAUGCCACUUGUGCUAUUCAUUUUAAUCCAGUUAUCACCAGCAAUUAUAAACCUUUUCGAUUAUUAUUAUACUGUGAUUCAUCUCGAAGAUAAAAUAUUUACGGCUACGAGGGUAAGAGAAAGAAAUAGUCGAUAAGAAAGGUUAGACAAAUGAUUAAACCUAAACGUUCGUUUUCGAUUCGCUUGUUCGAUCGAUUGCAUAAUACAUUUUUUUUAUUAGUAUACGAAUCUAGAGUUUUGGUUUGUAUAGAAAGAAUAUUAUUGUAACUAGUUCCUGCUGAAAUUAGACUCUUUGUUUCAACUGAAAAAAAAAAACAAAGCCUCUAAGGCGAAAAGAAAUUGGAAUUUUUGGAUGUUUUCAGUUUUGUUUCAGUGUACAUUUACCUUGUCGUACGUUAGAUGAAAUUGAUUUUUACAUAUUAGUUUCUUUUUUAUUUGUUGUCUUUUUAACUAUCUUGUAAUCGCUAUUACAAGUCAAACAAAUCUUGGUCGUUUCUUUAUUAUUUCUUUUUUUUUCUUUCUUUUUUUAAGAGACAGGAAUGCAACUCGUUUGAAGUAAAGGUAAUGUUUGUUUUGCGUGAAGGAUAUGGAUGUAUAGAGCGCAUAAGUGUGAAGUCGUUGCAGUUGCAUGCAGAUUGAUCGCAGCUACCCGAGAUUUAAAAUGCCAUUAAUUCUAGAGAAAUUUCGCCUUAAAAACGUUUCUAGUGCGUGCACACGAACGAUUCAUGUGAGAACUGUGUUUUACAUUGAGUAUGAUGGAUGAUGCGUCCAAAAGUUCAUUGAUUGGUUGCGUGUGAAAGGUGGCAUUUCGAAUCGACUUGAUUUUCUCAUUUCAGUCCAUGUGUUUAAAGACUCUAAUUGAGCAAAGUGUGUUACAAGUUUUUGGCAUGCUUUUGCAUAAAGGAAUUUUCCAAACAAAUUGACAAAGAAAAGAGUAACUUAACGUAUUGAGAGUCAAGUAUUUAUUUUCCAAAGAUCAUAAUGAAUCAUUUCAUUCAUGAUGCACGAUUAUAGUCAAUAACUCCUAUAUAGUUGAAGUUGAAGAAAGGAAGUGCAGAGUUAUCACUCUAAUUACAGCAUUAACCAUACGCUACACUGAAAUUAAUCUAGGUCGACUAUUUCAGACUAAUAAUUAUGAGUACACAUUAUAAAAGAAUAUAAAUGAAUUCUCAGAAAGGUACAUCUGUGUUGUUGUGCUUUCUGUGCAUUGCAUUAUUAUAGAACUCUCAUUAAUAUUUCCUACUUGACGUGCAUACAAUUUUACCAAUUAUUAUCACUAGUGCGAGUGUUUAAUCAGUGAAGUUAUAUUAUGGUUAUAAAGAAGACCGUUUACACCGUGUAUCCUUAAAAUAUUUUACCAAACUGUGCGACUAUGUAUAUGCUCCUUAUAUUGUAAACAUAGAAAAGCAUCAUCUGAACAAGACUACAGCAAAUGCCAAUCAUAUUGAUACAGGCAACUAUGUUUUGGAAGUCAGUAUAUGUCAUUUUGAUCACUCAGAAGUCGUUUUUACAAAUAAUAGUACAUGGAGCGCAGAUUGGUGAAAUAUUUUAAGAACAUCCAGCUCCUCAUGCUUCUAAGAGUAUAAAAUUUCUUAUACCAGAAUAGGAAAAUCAUAUUAUAAUCGAUGUAGAUUGGAUUGUUUUACCUCAUGUCUCUCUCUUCUCUCUCUCUCUCUCUCUCUCUCUCUCUCUGUGCGUGUGUGUGUGUGCGCGUAUGGCGGUUGAAUGUAUUUGUUAAUGGUCGUCUCAGAACUACAGGCGUGAAAGUUUAAUCGAGAAGUGAUUUUGCUGUUUAAUGAUAAGAACAUAUAUGUAUCUGAUGCAAAAGAGAAAAAAGAAACUUACGUGUUGAUAUGAUGAGUGAGUAUAACAAUUGUGAGGCGAGCGAUAAUUAAUUGCGAAAAUAAUAUUUUAUGGAUGGGACACAGUCGUUUAUUGAAUGCCUGAUAUAUGCUAUAUACAUAAAUAUAUAUAUAUAUAUGCGUAUAUAUACAUUAUAUAUACACACAUAUAUACAUAUAUAUAUAUAUAUCUUUAUUGAUCCAGAAUGUUUAUACAUAAUGUAAAGAGAACAUUGAUGGAAAGUGCGUCGAGUUUAUUUAUUGACGUCCUGCUGUAAAUGAUAACCGAUAUACAAAGACUGUAGUUUAAGACAACUUUUAACAGACAUUAGAACCGUUUCUAGCUCAUUAUUAUAGCUGGCUGAUCUAUUUCAAAUCGUUUGCGACUAUCGAAUACAUUCUAACUUUCUGUAGAGAUUCAGCGGGUUCGUUUUGUACAAUUGUUUAUACCGAAAUAAAUUUUGAUUGAAAGAGCUGUAAAAUUUUCGUCAAAUACUUUCUCUGAACAAUACUUACGAGUUAGUUGAAAAUAACUGUUGCUCAAAAGAUGCCUUUGCGAAACGAUUUGAAAAUGAUCCACGAAGUGUGUAAAUAUACGUAAGGAGCAUUAAUGUCGUUCGUGAACGUUAUAAAUUUUGUUGUAGGCAGUUCUAUUGUAAAUUAUAAUGAAGAUUGUGUUUUAAAUGAGAUACCGAGUGAUCACGAUCGAUAACAUCAAGUUUUGUCAUGUGAGAAUGUUAUUUUGAUAGGUGGUAGAGAUUGAUUCUUAUUACAUAAGUUCAUUACAGAAUGAUUAAAAACUGAUACACUGGUAAUAGUUUAUUUACACUCUUUAAACUCCUUCAUUGGACCGCUUGUUAUUUACCUACUUCUAAGUUCGACCAAUACCGUGUGUGGUAUUAGAAAAUUUUACAAAUAUGGCAGACUAAUUUAAUUCAUUUAUUCUCGUACGUUUCACCUGCUAAGUAUAGGUUGCAAAAUAAUACAUGAUAUCGGUCGAAACACGAAACAACAUUUUAUAUAUUCCUACUUUGUCUACUUAUUUUCUUCUUUGCUAAAUAGUCGUAUAAUGCAUACGUCUUUCACCCGAAGUUAACGACACUCACGGUCAAACAACUUUCUUUUACUCGUUGGAGAGCUACUCGCAUAUCUCUCACACAUAAUCAAAUCUAUUUCUGAGCCAAUACUUUCUAUAUUUGAAUGCUAAUAUAUGCUAUUACUUGUUACUGGAUGGUCCAAAUAACUGGAAUCGCUCAGAUAAUAUUGAUUUAGACGAAAAUUGCAAGAUUCAAAGAACUAUAUGUAAUGCAUUUAGUGACAAAUUUGUUGUAUCUCUUGCAGUUUUCAAAAUAUCAAAAUCAUUAUCUUCCGAGUUUUUUUGUGAGAAAACCUGUAGACAAUGCUGUAUCAAAUUUGACCAUAUAUAAGGAGCAGAACUUUCAAACCAAUUCAACCAUUUUUUACUAAAAGUUCAGUCCAAGUUAGAAACAUUAGGCAAAUUAUACCAAGCACCUAAUUUAGAAAAAUGGUUAAUGGUUGAGUGUGUUUGGAAGUCAUAUAAUUUAUGUCUAAUCGCAUUAUUACAGAAAUAUUGUGGUAUGUUCUUUGAACUUUCGCGAUCCAUGUUUCUACGCAUGUUAUUCGAAGCUGCGUGUAAACAAUGUUCAGUUGGAGUAUUCUUUCAUCUUAAUCAAAGUCUGAAUAACUAUGCACCUUCAGACCCUAACGAAGUCAAUUGCAGCGUUAAUCACACUUUGGAAGAACAUUCCAACUGAAAAUUUUAAGUCCUGAAAGCCACAAGAGAUAGAGAAACGUUAAAUAUCAUAUUGGUCCAGUUUGGUCCUAAAGACUCAACAUGAAUUGCGUGAACCGGCUAUUACACGCAUAAUAUUUUUAAUCCUACAUUUUACUACUUUGUGAAACGACAACGAGGGGAAGGGGGAAUGAGUGAGUGGUUCUACGCACUGAAUCACACCGAGUGGAAGCAUUUGUGAGUUACACAAUACAGAUUACCGUCCAUUCGAUGAAUGAAGGUGAUGCUUAUGAUGAUGAUGAUUAUUAUGAUUAUGAUUAUGAUGAUGAUGAUGAUGAUGAUGGUGGUGGUGGCAGUGAUAGUGAUGAUUAUAUGAUGAUGAGGAUGUUGAUGAUGAAUAAUGGUGAUGAGGUUGAGAUUGAGGAUGAAUAUGAUGAUGAGGAUGAUGACUGGAAGUAGACGAGAGGCAUGGAAGCGUCCGCUGAACUUCGAAACAGGUGAUUACGAACUGAAAUUAUUUCUUACAUAAUACGAGUUUUGCGUCAUUGAAAUUCAAACAUUCUUACGCAAGGUCAUUCAAUAUACGAAACUUUUCAUUUUUUAUGAUCCUGCUAUUACUUCAUCAUGUCCGACCAUUGCCCAAUUUUGUUGAAUGGCUAGUGAUUAAUACUAUCGCUAACACGCGAUUGCCAAGUGAAAAAUAGUGCUUUAUUGGCUUUUUUUUUUAUAUCGAUUACUUAACAUAUCGAUAUGUAUUGCUUUGUAUUACGUUGAUCCUUCUUGUUAAAUAAGUCGAUCGUUGAAUUCAUAGUCGUCCAUUGCUCGUUCAUCUGUUUAUUUUUUAUAUUCAAUCGCUUCUCGUUGACUUAUUUCCCCUCGAAGAGUUAUUCAAUCGCUUGUUUAAAUAAAAAGGAAUAAAGAUUUCAAUGCCGUAUUUGCACUUUGUAUUUGAAUAUUCAGCGCUUGGAAUUGAACAGUUCUUCGAGCAAAGGUAUCCUUAACGUCUCACGUUGCACGCAUUUAAUUGUAAUCAGCAACUUGAGAAAGAUGACAAUGAAAAUGCAUUAAGAUAGGCAAUAAAAUGUAUUAAAAAGUUACCUGUAAAGUACAGACAGACAAACGCGCUGAAAUUAAACCCAUUUUCUUUCUACAUUAAAUAUAAUUAAAUUUAUAGAUUAAUAUUCCGCCGGACGAAUAUUAAUUAUGUAUGG